CAUGAUGGGAGCAAAAUGCAAAAAGCUUCGCAGUCUGGAUUUGUGGAGAUGUAAAAACAUAACUGAAAGUGGAAUAGCAGAAUUGGCUUCAGGCUGCCAGCUUUUGGAAGAACUUGAUCUCGGCUGGUGCCCUACGUUACAGAGCAGUACAGGCUGUUUCACAAACCUUGCACGUAAACUCCCAAACUUGCAAAAGCUCUUUCUUACAGCCAACAGGUCUGUGUGUGACACAGACAUUGAGGAGCUUGCUGCUAACUGUACGCAUUUACGGCAGCUGGAUAUAUUGGGGACGAGGAUGGUAAGCCCUGCAUCUUUAAGAAAAUUGCUGGAAUCUUGUAAAGAUCUUUCUUUACUCGAUGUGUCCUUCUGUUCACAGAUUGAUAAUAGAAUUGUCCUAGAACUGAACGCCAACUUUCCUAAUGUGUUCAUAAAAAAGAGUUUCACCCAGUGACUCACUACAUAUGCUGCUGUGGAAUUCAUUUGACAGAGUUGUUUCCUGUGAAUUUGUGCUGACUUUUUUAAAGAAGAAUGUAAAUCCCCUAUAAAAUACUGGACAGUAUUAAUUAUCUACACAAAUGGGUAAAAUACAUUUAAAUAUGUUAUG